GUCCGAAAUUAGGGUUUUGCCGGCUACCCCCGCCUCCUUUUUUAUCUUCCGUUCCCUCCAAGGGUUUCUUACAGGCCGGAGGGCGUCUCCUUUCCUGCCUCCACAACAGCGGAGCUCCAGGCGGAUUACGGCGGUUGCUGAGCCAUGGUUAAGCAUAACAAUGUUGUGCCAAAUGGGCACUUCAAGAAGCACUGGCAGAAUUAUGUCAAGACUUGGUUUAACCAACCAGCUCGCAAAACUAGAAGACGUGUUGCUCGACAGAAGAAGGCUGUGAAGAUUUUCCCACGCCCAACUGCUGGACCCCUCCGACCUGUUGUUCAAUGCCAAACACUCAAAUACAAUAUGACAUCUAGAGUAGGCAGGGGUUUUACCCUUGAGGAACUCAAGGCAGCAGGUAUUCCAAAGAAGCUUGCCCCAACUAUUGGCAUUGCCGUGGAUCACCGUAGGAAGAACCGUUCCCUUGAGGGUCUCCAAGCUAAUGUCCAGAGGCUGAAGACAUACAAAGCCAAGCUAGUAAUCUUCCCAAGACGUGCACGCAAAUUUAAGGCUGGUGAUUCUGCUCCGGAGGAACUUGCAACUGCCACUCAGGUCCAAGGCCCAUAUAUGCCCAUUGUUCGUGAGAAGCCCACAGUUGAGCUUGUUAAGGUAACGGAUGAGAUGAAAUCAUUCAGGGCCUAUGCUAAGCUUCGUGUUGAGCAGAUGAACAAGCGCCAGGCUGGUGCCCGGUUGAAGAAGGCUGCAGAGGCAGAAAAGGAAGAGAAGAAGUGAUUGGAUUCAUUCCUUGGCUGGUGUUCUGCUCAUUUAUUUCAAUAUUUUGGGGUGCUAGUCUUGAAUCUUAUUUUGGCCUACUUUUUUUCCCGUUAAUUCUGCAACAGCAAAAACUUGUAGGCAUUUAUACAUAUUUGCUCAGGCUCUCUUCUACUCUGUUCGUGUUGUGACCUAUAUUAUAUUUGGUUAUGGCUGAAUUUUUCUGGCUGGCAAUAGAGCAAAGUUUGUUUUUUUUC